AUGUUUGCCUUCAUGAAAUCAGCACCCAUCCAUUUGGCUGUUCUUCUAACCUUAAUGGUUCCGCUGAACACCGCUGGUCUACACAUUGACGAGCGUCGGUUGGCACGAGCCGCGACUGCCCUUAGACACCAAAUGGAGCAGCAACAACAGGAUCAGUUGCAGUAUCCUCCACCGCUGUAUGCUCCUAUAGACGUGUUGGAUGAUGGUCUCACCAACAUUGACUAUGCAAAGCGAGCUGAUCCUCUCUCGAUCAUCAACCCGCCCGAAUCUGUUCUUAGCAAUCCUGCCGCUUUGCGAGACUAUCUGCGACAAGUGAAUGAGUACUUCGCGAUCAUUGGACGACCAAGUCAUAUGCCGCCGAUUUUUGCACAAUAA